AUGGCCUAUCUACAGACAGCGGGUAAAACCGCCCCACGUUUGGCUGAGGAUAUUCAGUUGUACGAUGCCGUCUACCCUCCUGGCAACGGUCGCAACCUGCUCUCACAGGUCCCUCCAGUGUACCCUCCGAAUUACCAAGGACCCCUAGAGUAUAUAUCUCCAGAUGCAUGUCGACAUAAAUAUGUGACAAAAACCGAUCAAACCCACCUUGCUCAGGCAGAUCAGCCUCGCAGACUAGGAAUGUCUAAAGUAUCUGCGAUAUGCUCUAGGUGCCGCCGUCAUCUACAGGUGGUUGUCAACUAUACAAAUGGCAUGGGUGCGUCAGGCAAUGGCCCAGCGGGGCAUGUUCAUCACUUCGUAUACAAGUCAGGACGGCAAAGAGGUCCCUGGACGACUGAGGAGGUGAUGGGAACGGGACAGACCGCGGAAACGUUCCACUACCAAUGUCUACACUAUUCAUGCUCGGCCGUGGUGUCGCUGCGAAUUAUGUCACCUCUUCUCAACGCAGAAUUCACUCAAUUGUUGACAGAUCCGGAUAUAAUUAAAAGGCGUGCUGAUGAGGCAUUUGCUUCUCAGCCAGAGCGCCUCGAAGGUGUAGCUGCACCUUUACCCAUCACUGUCAUGGAUAAUCUACGCCUCUAUCUCACCAAUGCACUCCGCCAUGGUGACCGCAGCAAGCCUAUCACCCAAGUAAACAAGCGGUUUAUGGUUUCCUUUGGUGUAAAGGGAGAGCCUUGCAGGCAGUUGCUGGAAUUCUUGGGAUUUUCCCGUAACGAGAAUGAUGCUGCCUGGAACCCUCCUCCAGUGGACCCAAAGGCUGUAUUGCCAUAUCAGGAUGCCUUUUGCAUUUUCCUCGACGAUGCCAUUCUUGAAUUGGUCUGCUUGAUCAACCAAAGACCUGCGUCAGAAAGACGUGUAAUUCAGCCUACUCCCCUUCCUCCAUCUGCGACAGACGACAUUUUCAAUGCCUUGGAGGCAUCCGAUUAUCCGAAAUCCAAGCGUGUGCAUGAGUUUGAAAUGGCACCUGCUCCCUUCUACGAAGACCUUGGCGCUGUGGAGGACAUGUCUGCUUCAAUGAUUGUAGAGGCAUAUCAACACCAAGUCCAGGCAGAUCCAUCACGAUCUUCACGUUACUUGAAUUGCCUUAAGGCAAUUGGGACUCUUCGAGGUGGUGAGGACUGGGAGAUUAUCGACCAGGCUGUUCAAUUCGCCUACUCGGAAGGAAGAUACACGGAUGACGACGUAACUGAAGCAUAUAGGUAUUUUGGACAUCAAUAUGGUGAUUCCAAUCUCACCGACGAGGCCAUCAUCGGUAAAUUCUACGCGUUUCUUGGCUCAACGAAUCAAGAAACAGAGGUACGGCGCCAGAUGUGGAUAAUCGCCCAGGACCGUGGAAGUGAACGCAUCAAGGCAGCGUCAGAAGAUCGCGUUUCGACGGUCGAGCAGGCCCAUGUUUUCCUUGGGGUUGAUGAUAAGACUCCAGAUGAUUUUAUUAUCACCAUGUAUACCGCAAAGAUAAAAAAGGUCAACGACAACCCCCUUUGCAAAGAUUUGGCCGACAAAGCAGUACAACUCAUCGCAGAGUCUCGCAAGUCUGACGGUCUGAAUCAUUUCAUCAAAACAGGAGAGACGGUUGCCGGGGACAUGGAUAGCGGGGACGCGUACCGAAUGCUUCAAAUCCCUGACCGAACUGCAGACGAAGAUGCCGUCAUGGCUGCUUACACAAUCUGUGUAGAUGAGAACCCUGGUCAAGCUGAUGUCUAUGGCCGCGCCCUCCGUCUCAUUGCCAGGGAAAUGGACAGCACCUUGCUAAAGAGCAUGGCAGGCAUCACCACUGAGACGGAGCAGAACCUGUCUGAAUGGCCCGUCGGACUGCAGAAUAUCGGCAAUACCUGCUACCUGAACAGUCUUCUUCAGUUCUACUUUUCUAUCAAGCCAUAUAGAGAACUGGUCUUGAAUAUUGAGAAAUACCAAAUGGACACGGCCAAUGAAGUUAGCAUGACAGGAAAGAAGGUGGGAUCUCGCAGUGUGUCUGGAAAGGAAAUCGAGCGCUCACUUCGAUUCCUCACGGAACUCAGGAUUCUCUUCCGCGAUAUGAUUUCCUCGAAUAAAUCUUACGUCACCCCCAGCCAGGAGCUUGCUCGGUUGACUCUCAUCAGUCCAGGAAACGAAGCAGCGAUUCGGCGGCGGUCGACAAUAAGCGCUUCCAGGAGUCACGGUCUUGGCGAUAUCAAUGGGGCCCCUGUCUUGGGCCCGCUUGGUCCCCCUCAAACUAUUGCUGAGGACCAGAAGGAACAGCAAACCAGUUCUGUGGCCACAGACAAUGUUGCGAUCAGUGAUGCAGGGAGUGAGGCAACCUUGGUGUCUGAGAAUAAUGGCAAGGGCAUCGUUGCGCCAUCCAUAGAUGCCGAGCCAAUUAGUGAAGGCUAUGUGAACAUCUCGCCGACUCAGACUGAGCCUCCUGCCCGUCCGCCACCUGUUCCUCCACGGCCUGCUCCAGAGAUAGACCCCAAGAAGCAGCUGAUAGAAGAAGUGGAGAUUGGUGCGCAGCAGGAUGUUACAGAGGUCAUCAACAACGUACUCUUCCAGAGCCAGUGCGCCAUCAAGCCUAGAGAGGUUGCCUCGGAUGGUGAGCAAGUUGACCAUGUCAAAGAUAUGUUCUAUGGCCAGACUCGGUCCUACAUAACCACUUCCGCGGGCACGCGGUCGAAGGAUGAACGCUGGUGUGAUAUCAAAGUUAACGUGGCUCUUGGACCUCGGGACAUCUAUGAUGCCAUUGAUGGUGCCUUUGAUGUCCAGAAGAUUAGCGUUGAGAACGCUGAGGCGGAGCAAUACGGAUCCAUCACCCGCAUUCCCCCAAUCCUCCAAAUCCAGGUGCAGCGUGUACAAUUUGAUCCGGUGAAGAAGUCUUCCUACAAGUCGACCAAUCAUUUGCAGCUUUUUGAAACGAUCUACAUGGAUCGUUAUAUGGAACACAGUUCCAGGCCAGAUCUGCUGGAGGCGAGACGUCAGUGCUGGGAGUGGAAGAAAAGUCUUUCCGGUAUCGAAGCACGCCAAGCAGAGCUGCUGCGCAAACAGGAAAAUGAUAGUCUUGACAUGGCAGCUCUCUUCCGCGAUGCCAAGGCUGUGCUCGAUGACUCGAGUCUGGACGAUAAGAGCAAGAGGCAAGAGGACUUUAUGAUGCUGGAGGCCGUGGAGCCGUCGACUAAACCUAGCUCUGAUCCCGAUAAUCUGGAGAUUGACGCACAGCUCUCUGAGGAGCUCCAACAGAUCUCGGAGGAGGUGGAGAUAGAGUACCAGGCUCUCGAGCAGCAGAUUUCAGCCACAAAAGAGCUUAUUGCCGGCAAGUUCGCCAACUCCCAGAACGUCCCGUACCACCUGUACGCGGUAUUUGUUCACCGCGGAUCCGUUUCAUUCGGCCAUUACUGGAUCUACAUUAAAGACUUCCAGAAAAACAUCUGGCGCAAAUACAACGACGAGUACGUCACUGAAGUCCAGAAUUUGGACGAAAUAUUCGGAAACAAGGAUGAUGCCAACCCGCCCACCCCCUACUUCCUUGUCUACAUCCACGGAUCCAAGAAGGAUCUUCUGGUUAAUCCCGUCUGCCGCGAUAUUGUGAAGGACCAAGAAGGAGAGACUUCCGCAAAUGAACCCUCUGCCAUGGAGGGCAUUCUCACCCCGAAUCCUAUCGAACACGCACACCAGAACUCUGUGACUGACCAGCAGGCUCCGUCGGCUCCUGCUGCGAAUGAGGAAUCUCAGGAUGUCAACAUGAAGGAUCCUUGGUAG